AUGUCCAUGUUGUCGUGCCGUGUGUUGUGUCUGUUGGCCAUUGUGCUCUGCUGUGUGGGUGUGGCUCAUGCUGGUGCUUCAGGUCAAGAGGGACGUGUUGAGGAAGCACGAGAGAAGGCGAAGGAGGUUUUAAAGCAGAAGGAGAAGUGCGACAAAGUCACCAAGGCUGCUCUAAAGGCCGCGGAUGAAGCUCAAGUAUUUGUUGAUACCACUCUAAAGAAACUUGAAACAAUUGCUGCUGACCCAGAAGAGGUGAAGAGAACGAAGAUUAAAGGUGAUGAACUCGUUGAAAAUGCAAUGAAGGCUGCAGAGAAAGCAAAUGAAGUGGCCGAACAAACGAUAAAGAGUAUGGCUGCACCUAGAGACCUAGUCAACAUUCUUCGUGGACAAGAUGAUUAUGAUCUGUCGACAUCUGUUGAAAAACUAAUUAAAGAUGCAGAAAAAGCGGCAGAUGAUGCUAUCAUCCAUGCCGACAAAGCGAGCAUGUGUAUUGGUAAGGUGGUGAGUGUCCUGCAGAAACUCGAUGCCGCAGUUGUUGCUGCUGCCAAAGAGAAG